UGCUCGAAAAUUCGAAAUCGAAUGAAUAGUAGCCGAGUACUCUGACAUUUUUGUAGACGGUUUGAGAAAAUAAUUUUAAUUGCACGUAGACGUAUAUUUUUAUUUUAAUAAGUUUUGGAACCGAUUAGUGGCAAAUUAUAUAUAUUUAAGAUGACCUCCUUAGAACCUGGAACGAACCGCCUGCAAAAUUUUAAGAACAAAGGGAAGGAUCAGGAUGAAAUGCGUCGUCGGCGCAAUGAAGUGACGGUAGAAUUACGGAAGAAUAAACGUGAAGAAACUAUAUUGAAACGUCGUAACGUACCCAACGUUGAUUCAAACACAGAUGAAGAUGAUCAGCUACCAAAUACAAUCAAUUUAAAAAAUUUAGCAGAAGCGGCUGCAGAUUCAUCUAAGCCCGAACAACAGUUAGCUGCAGUACAAGCUGCUAGGAAGCUACUGUCGUCCGAUAAAAAUCCACCAAUAAAUGACCUCAUUAAAAGUGAUAUAUUACCGAUAUUGGUAGAAUGUUUGAAGCAGCAUGACCAUACAAUGUUACAGUUCGAAGCAGCAUGGGCUUUAACCAACAUUGCAUCUGGUACAUCCGACCAAACAAAUCAGGUGGUUCAUGCCGGCGCUGUCCCUCUUUUCCUACAGUUACUCUCUUCUCCUGCUCCUAAUGUUUGUGAACAAGCAGUUUGGGCUUUAGGUAAUAUUAUUGGUGAUGGACCCGAAUUGCGUGACUAUGUCAUCAAACAUGGUGUGGUGCAACCAUUGUUAUCUUUCAUUAAGCCUGAUAUACCAAUAUCAUUUUUGCGAAAUGUAACAUGGGUUAUUGUCAAUUUGUGCCGUAAUAAAGAUCCCCCGCCUCCAGCAGCAACUAUACAUGAAAUUUUGCCUGCUUUAAAUAUGCUCAUACAUCACACCGACACAAACAUAUUGGUGGAUACAGUUUGGGCUAUAAGUUAUUUAACUGAUGGCGGUAAUGAUCAAAUUCAAAUGGUUAUAGAAAGUGGAAUUGUACCAAAGUUAAUACCAUUAUUGGGACACGCCGAAGUUAAGGUACAGACUGCAGCACUACGUGCAGUUGGUAAUAUUGUAACUGGAUCAGAUGAACAAACACAGGUGGUGCUGAAUUUUGAUGCGCUUGCGUACUUCCCAGCAUUGUUGUCUCACACAAAGGAGAAAAUUCGUAAGGAAGCCGUUUGGUUCCUUUCCAACAUCACCGCUGGUAAUCAGUCUCAAGUGCAAGCCGUUAUAAAUGUUGGUUUGUUACCAAAAAUUAUUGAAAAUUUGAGCAAAGGAGAAUUCCAAACACAAAAGGAAGCCGCUUGGGCCAUUAGCAAUUUAACAAUCAGUGGCAAUCGCGACCAAGUUUUCACUUUAAUCAAAGAAGGUGUGAUUCCACCUUUCUGCGAUUUGCUUUCAUGCCAGGAUAUACAAGUAAUAAAUGUUGUACUUGAUGGUCUACAUAAUAUGCUCAAAAUGGCUGAAGGUCAUGUUCAGGAGGUUGCAAACUUAAUAGAAGAAUGUGAUGGUCUUGAAAAAAUAGAGAGAUUACAAAAUCAUGAGAAUGUUGAUAUUUACAAAUUAGCCUACGAAAUCAUUGAGCAAUAUUUCUCAGAUGAGGCUGAGCAACCUAUUUUACAGCCAGCUACAGAUGGUUCACAAUUCCAAUUUGAUCCGGAUGGUGACAAAUUACAGAAUUCUUUUAACUUUUAACAACGCAGUAGUGCAGUAACUAUUAAUUGAGGUCACAACCAGCUAAAAAAACCUCAAUAACAAAAUUAAUAUUAACAACUAAAAGUUAGCAAAAAAAAAAGACUAGGUUGCAACAAUAUCAAAUCGAUCAAUUGCACUUGCUAACUUCAUUCUUCAAGUUGUUUAUAUACAAUAUUUAUCAAAAGAAAAAAAAAAUAACAUAAUAAAUAAUUAUAAAAAAGUAAUGUUUUAAGUUGCAACACAAUGUAGUUGCGAAAGAUUAACUCAAGUCCAUAUAAUUUACAUAAAUUUAUGUAAUAAUACAAUAAUAAUACAUAUUAAAUAUAAAAUUUCUGUUUCACAUAUUACCAAUACGUCUCCAAAUUAUGUAGUAUCUAAAAGUAAAAA